AUGGUCCCACAUGAUGCGAAUUUUCCUUUAGUGACAGAAAAUGGGGAUUUCUCCGUCGUGAUCCUAAAAGGUGCUCUUCUCUCUGCGCUGCUGGAUCUGUCUGGGAAUCGUGUUGGAAAACCUGGACUAACAGCCCUCGGAGAAAUGCUUGAAUUCAAUGUGAACCUGAAGGAGCUGAAUCUUUCUGGCUGUCAAAUCCAAGCCGGAAGUGACGCAGAAGCCUUCGUCUCUUCUUUAUGCGUCAACAGCCAGUUGAAAUCUCUAAACUUGUCCUAUAAUGAGAUUGGAGACAGYGGAGCUAUUCGUUUAGGGCCGGUUUUAGUGAAUAACCAAUCGCUGACGUUUCUAGAUAUUAGUUGGAAUAAUAUUCGUUCUGCAGGUGCUGAAGCGCUGUGCCGAGGGCUCAGUCGAAAUACCUCAUUGACGGAACUGGACUUGUCAUGGAAUGGACUUGGGAAUUUCGGAGCGGAAUGUACCAAACAGACUUUAAUAGACAAUAAAUCGAUAAGGAUUCUUAACUUGUCUAGUAAUCAUAUCUCUAUAACUGGAAUCAAGCACAUUGCUCAAGCACUACACCGCAAUAGAACUCUACAAGUUUUGAAAAUCGGCAAAAAUCCGUUUCUUUCGUCAGGGGCAAGCAUGAUUCUAAAAUCCCUGCUAGCAAACCAACAGAGUGCACUGUGCGAAUUAACACUGGAAGAUGUUGUCUUCAAUGAAGAAUGCGAGACGCACCUCUCGGCUCUACUCGAACAAAAUCCCACAUUCUUGUGUACUUGGGAUGUAACCAUCAAAGGGGGAUCUGUAAUUUCUGGUAAACAGCCUGAACCAAUGGAACUUCUCCUCAUUUGUAUCCACAACCAGGGUUUUCGACUGAUUGACUUUUACAAGAUCCUCAUAAACGAUCACACUCGCCUCUCGCUCAAGAAAGAAGAAUUCGUGACGGGAAUCAAAAAGCGAAAUUUUCCAUUCAGUGAUAAACAACUCAGAGCAUUGUUUGAUGUUCUGGACACGAAAAAGGGYGGUAUUAUCACGUUUGAACAGUUUAUUGUUCUUAAAAAUUACAGACGGCAAAAGAGAAGAUGA